ACACAGGGGGGAAGUCCCAGCUCAGACAGUGAGUUCAUACACAAAUUAGCUUCCAUGCUGAAAUAAAGCCCUCUCAUCACUCUCAUCUUCAAACCCAGGAUUCUCCCACCGCUUCUUCAUCUCGCCAGCGUGAGGGUUAUCAGGGCUGAUGGGUGGACGCUGCCAUGAGGGAUGGUACUGGGAUGCCUUGGUCAAACGAUGCAUAACCUGUCAGCAGCAAUGCGAAAGCCCUCCUAUCCACGCCAGAUGCACCAGUUACUGUGAGUCUGCACAAUGUAAGAAACUGCCUGGUCGCCACUAUGAUGGGCUGCUGAAGACAUGUAUUAUUUGCGCUGAGGUUUGUGGCAGACAUCCAGCAGAAUGCUCCCAGCACUGCCAGAAUACACCACUUCCUGUGACCACUAAAAAGCUCUUGACUACGCCACCUCAUGUGACCACUAAAAAGUUCCUGUGUACACCACCUCCUGUGACCACUAAAAAGCUCCUGACUGAAGUAAUCUCACAAAUGCCGAAUCCCAGAGGGCUCCCAGUGCCAACGCUGGCCCUGGAAGACCCAACCGUCUUGCUCUACUCCCUGCUGGCACUGUGCAUGGUGCUGCUGUUUUCUAGUCUGUCUCUAACCCUGGCAGUCUUCCUGAGGGGAUCCAGGGCCAAAACCUCCAAACCAGGACCCAAGGAGGCUAGCCAGAACCAGGAGCGUCUAGUCCAGCCAGGCAAAGAAGUUCGCCUGCCAGUUGGCCAUCUGGGGCAGACCUCCAAAGAUUUUGUAACAAGUCCAAGCUGUCCCACUGACCGUGAACCAUCAGAGGACACCAGCCCUACAGAGACCUGCGUGUGUGUACACUGUUUCCCAGACCUGAAAGCACUAGGCCAGGGCAAUGACAGGCCACCAAGAGCACCUUUCUCUUUCUACCAGCAAGCUGUCCUCCCUACAGCCCAGAUCCAGAAGGGAGGGCCUCUCUGGACCGAAGAGAGCCAUCACAUCUCUGCACUGGGGGUCCAGGAGGAGGCAGCAGUGAGAUGAGGUUCAUUUGCUUCCUCUCAAAUCAAGGUGUCUCACAAGGAAAACUGGAAUGGAUCAACAUAUCCCCAAACACACCAGAGAAGUUAAUCAAUAUACUGUUUUUUUCUUUUGUUAAAAUUGAUCGCAAAAUUGUGAAAACAUGGCGUUUAAAGAGUUGCGUACUCAUUUACAAUCCCUAUCAACCUCUCAUCAAGCAGCAACAGCAUCAGCAACAAUUAGUAUUAAAAAGGUUUUUUUCAUCAAAUGAAACACAAAAGCAAACAAGCAAAGGGCAUUUUCCAUUCAAAAAAAUUCUAAAUCUGCCAUAUGAUUGAUUCAUAUUAAUUACGAAAAAGUCUGCCAUGUUUUACUGCCUUAUGAAGGCACGAUAAUGAUGCGUAUGCUUGUGCCAUAAGGCAGUUAAGUUUUACUGCUCCAUAUCCAUAAGUAUCUAAGUAUCACUGCAAAUGUGUUCACCAAUAGGCCUCUGUUAUGGUCCAGACACAACAAGGAGACUGCAAAGCACUUUUAAAGAUGGACUAAUGCUUUUCUUCACAUUACUCAUGUCUCCUGUUUAAAGUCUCACUUGAACAAAUCAUAAAGACUACAACUGACCGCUAGCUGACCACUGACAUGCAUGUACAGUACACUCUGUUCCUGUGAAAGGAAAUAACCAAACUAGUAGUCUAGACUCACAGUAAUCAUAAUCUAAAAAAUAUCAUGGAAACAAACAGAAACAUCACGGAACAUUACAAACUGGCCACAACAAUGUUUAUAUAUCUUAACUAUCAAGCCAUAUGCAAAUAGAGAACAUAAUGUAAUAUUUAUGACGUAUUAUCUGAUAAAAACUUGCAUGGUCAAGUUGCUUGCUUCAGCCCUCAGCCUUUUCAGCAUGGAAACAUGCAGGAUCUGGAUGAAGUCAUUACUUCACUACACACAGUUCUCUCUCACCAACUGCCCCUGACUGAAAAGGUUACUGUCACAGACACAAAUUCAGCCAUAAUCCAGCAGCAUUCAGUUGCUUGCCAUCUGUCAGAUCACAUAAUUUCAGGAAGCUACAGUCAGAAGAAGACACUCUGUGUCUAGGCUUGACUCCCACUUAAUUGUUUCCACUAAAACAAGUGUCACUCACCAUACGUAAAUGUAUAUUUCAAUUGCAAAAAAUUGAGUAAAACUGUAGAUCAGUAAGCAAUACUGGAAACACAGCCAGAAGACAUACAAUGUUACUCAGGAUGGUAGUGAAAGUCUCAGUGGUGGAGAACUUCACAUCUGCCACUUGCAGUGAUGCGCACCAGUUCUCCUGAAAAUAAUUAGUCAAGCGUGUUUCCUGAUUCCACCACUAGGUGUCACCAAAGUCGGAAGAUGUUCAAGUUCUAUUGAAUAUUGGGGCUUCAAGUUUAUAACCACCAAAUCUGAAUGGGCAGGCAGAGACUGUCUGCAGCAAUGUGUAGGUACAGGCACAAACAUGUAUAUAUAAUGAAUACGGUGUGUACAUGUGUAAUAUGAAAAGAACAAUAUGUCUCAUGCUACACUUUCAAUGAUAAAUAAACAAGCAACACAAAGGUG